AUGGCCACAGAGUACCCCCGUCAGGCGCCCAUCGACCCGAGGAAGAGCGCGUGCGCGGCCCAGCCGUCGCCCUGGUUCGUGCACCCCUUCGAAGAGCACGCGAGGGGCGCGAUGCGCGUGUUGCGGUACUACUCGCGAGCUGCCACCGACGGCCAGCGCGCGGAACUCUUGGCAGACGUCUGCUGGAAGCUCUACGGUGACUACUUCCGGAUGAAACCCAAGGUUUCGGGAACCUCGAAGACCACGUGGGUGUGCCCCGCGCUCGUACAGCCGGAUGACGACGGCGACAACGACGACGGCGCCAACCUCUCUGCUUACAACGCCUCCACGUGGGUCGAGGCGGACGCCCCAAAUUUGAUGAUCGCCUACCUCGAGAACGGAGACUUCUUCAGGAUGUGCCACGAGGCCUCCCGCGAUAUCCAGCUCGAAUGCGCCUCCCUCAGCUGGCGCGAGGCCGCGGACGAGCUCCAGUUCGCAUCGAACAUUCUCACCGCGUACAACGACGUCGCCGCGACGGACUACAACCUCCGCAACGCCAUCCGUGCCCACCUCGAAACCCGGGAUCUCCGCUGGGAGCAUAACCGCCCCGAGAUUCCCGACACGCCCGAAACCCACAGGCCGCGCGAUCACGCGCUCACCAUCGCCGACGGCGAUUGGGAUGACGACUUUCUCGUCGUCCUUGAGUCGCCCAUGUCGAAGAUCUCGGUCCACACGGAGCUCAAGCCCCCGAGACCCGCCUACCUGAGGCGCUCCUCCUCCUUGCCCGUCCGGGCCACUCACAGAUGCGAGACCUUCCCGUUGUGA